CCCGCGUGCAGUCUCGGCGCGAGACGAAGAAGACGAAGAGGAAGAGGAGGAUAGCGCGUGUGCGCUGGAGGCGACACCUGUCAAAUCGUUACUAAACACAGUUGGUUUAUUUAAAAAGACCGAGGCGCCCCGAAGACCCGGGGGAUAAACCGAGGUGGAAAUAGAGAUUAGUCGCACCUAUUGUCGCUGUUUUCCGCUCAGGGGGGGGAUACGGAGCCUCUUUGAGGAGAGAGAAAAGGGAGUAUGUAGUAUUGACGUUAUGACGAACCGUUUUUGGAGUUGAAGUAGCGAAGUUGACGCGGGUUAGAUGUCGGCUGAGGGGAGAUGACUGACAGCGAGAACCGGGAGCGAAAAGACGUGGGGGAGAAAAAACGGCACUUUAUCCGAGGUUAGUCUCUCUCUCUCUCUCAUUCACACGCGCGCGCACACACACACACACACUCCCUCUCCCUCUCUCUCUCUGGCUUCAAACACAUUAACCCACAGUAGAGCCCAGAGUGAAACAACAGGGUGGGAGAUAACUAGUGCACAUCGCGGAGCUUCGGUGCGGGCUGGAGACCGAGCAUCCUCCGACGUCCGCGCGUUCGCCCCCCCGCUGCACAGAGCCUGCUGACCGGGACUUAACGGACCCGCACAAAUACUGUCUAUUAACUUGAGAGGAUGAUUUGACAAGGGUGCCUUGAGGGGAAGCGAGCUACAGGAGAGAGAAAGAGGCAGAAAAUGGAUAACAAAGAUUGGUGCUAACACUCAGCCCGCUGUCCUGCUGAAGCAAACACUGCUGAAGUCUACCUUUAGGAUAACUGACAGCAGUCCAUUUCUACUAACCUGUGGGAGAACUUUUCACACUGAGCCACGUGACCGGCCCUCACAGCACUCUUUAAGAGUGGACUACAUACAGCACACACUGUCAUCUGGCUCUGCCUCCUCUGAAGAUGACCUGUGUGAGCUGAAACGGAGGCAAUCAAACAUUUAACAGAGGAGAGAGAGAGGCUGAAACUGAGAGGAAAGACAACUCCUACUGCCUGUGUACUGCAUCAGGUCAACCUGUCCAUCACAGCCCCCAAACGUGCUCAUUACCACCACUGAACUGUGAAAUUUCUGAUGUAAUAAUUGUUAUAAUACGACUCUUAAUAAUAACGGAUCACAUUUUCCUGAGGACUCUUUGCUGGAUUUUUCUGAGCCGUGGAAAUCUCACUUAUUCUCAUCCCACUGCUCCUCAUUAAUUUAGACCACUACCUGGCAAUUCAAAGCAAGUGUAGCACGGCACAGUACUAUUUUUGCAUGACCCACUGCUUGCAUGAAUAUCCAGGAUUGCUUUUGACUUCCAAGAAGGACCCUUGAGCCCUCAACCAUCUUCUGACUGUCUGCCAAACUGUAGCAUUUGGGUGUAGAGGGGUGGUUUCAGAAUUAGGCCUCUGGACGCUCAUUGAAGAUGACUUGAGUUGGCAGGCCUAAAAGCCCCUUACCAAGAGAGAGAGAGAGACAGAGAGAGAGAAAGAGAAAGAGAGAGUUUGGCAGCAGGAUACACACACACACACACACACACACACACACGACACGCAAAUGUGGGUGCCGAGGCCGCUUUGAGCCAUGCUGGUGUUGCUACUCGUGGAGCCCUGGAGUACAGGCUAUCAUCAUCCCUAUCAUCGUUCACCCAAGCUGCGGAAGAUUCAACGGCCCCAGGGAAUGAGGCUACACUUCUGAACAAUUCAAAGAGGACUGGGAAACUGCGCUUACACACAGAGAGGUCCACAGCGACAUCCUCAAUCACACAUAUAGACACAGUAAUACUCCUCUCCACAAAUCCUUGAUUCAGGAAAAACAAAGCUGCGGCGGACGUGAAAGGCACAGAGAGAGAACAGGGGCUGUGAACCAACAUGGCAGCUGAGAGUCUUGCAGAGCUCCGUGAUUGGCUCUUUCUGCUCCUCCUGUGCCUCACCUUAUUGGCUGAGGUGCUGGAGCUGGCGGCAGCGGCAAUUGCCAUGGAGACCGGCGAGGGAGAUGAGGGCAUUGUUUGUCCCUCAGUGUGCCGCUGUGAUGAGGGUUUUGUCUACUGCAAUGACCGUGGCCUCAGCAUAAUUCCUCCGCUACCAUUAACAGCUGCCAUCCUCUACUUGCAGAGCAACCGGCUUAGUAACGCUGGGCUGCCGCCGUCACUGGAACGCAGCACUUCCAUACGAGUGAUUUACCUGUAUGCCAACCAGUUGGAUGAAUUCCCUAUACACCUGCCGCCUUCGUUACGAGAGCUCCAUUUGCAGGAUAAUAAUAUACGAACGUUACCGCGGUCAGCUCUGGCCAAAUUACCGUUACUAGAACGUUUACACCUGGAUGAUAACUCUAUAUCAACAGUUAGCAUCCAGGAGAGAGCUUUUUCUGGGACUCCACGGCUUCGACUGCUGUUUCUGUCUCGGAACCACCUGUCAAGCAUCCCCGCGGGCUUGCCAGCUUCCUUGGAAGAGUUGCGACUGGACGACAAUAGAAUCAGCACCAUCCCCACACAUGCCUUCAGGGGGCUCUCCUCACUGCGACGCUUGGUCCUGGAUGGGAACCUGUUGGCCAACACACGCAUUGCAGAUGACACCUUUUCCCGUCUCUCCAACCUGACUGAGCUGUCACUGGUCAGGAAUGCCCUGCAGUCACCACCUGUCAACCUGCCUUCAGCUCACCUGGUGCGACUCCAUCUCCAAGACAACGGAAUGACCCACAUACCAAGGGGGGCGCUGGAUGGGAUGCGGCGGCUACAGAGGCUGGACCUGUCAGGGAACAAUCUGACCAGUCUCCCCCGAGGACUUUUGAAGGACACAGAGAGCCUGGAGAUGCUACUGCUGCGAGGAAACCCCUGGUACUGCGGCUGCAACCUUCGCUGGCUCCACGCCUGGCUGCACGGCCGGGGGGCAGCAGUGACAGUCAGAGGUCUGACUUGUCAGGGGCCUGAGCCUGUAAGGGGCCAGACCCUGAGAGACCUAACCUCCCUGAUGGAGCAAUGCGAAGGCCCACCUGCCGGUCCCAGUACUGGAGUUGGGGUGAACACAGCAGAAAAAGAUGGAGGUGGUGAAGAUGGUCUUGGAGGGGGGCAAGCAGUGGCUUCAGUCCCCCAUGGCAGCACCACCACUACCUCUCUGUUGGUCCCCACACAAGGUUCCCUCUUUACACUGCGAGCCAAGCGGCCAGGCCUAGUUAUGCCUCUGCCUCCCAGUGAAGGGGGACAGGUAUCUGGAGAGGCCUUAGAGCUGACUGUAAAACCGCUCUCCUCAGACAGUGUGCUGGUCAGCUGGCUUUGCCCACAGCCGGCACCCUCCUUCCGCUUGUCGUGGCUGAGGUUGGGCAGCAGUGCAGCUCUUGGUUCAAUAACAGAAACUCUGGUUCCUGGAGAGAGGAGACAGUACCUCCUCACCCAGCUCACCCCACGCUCACAUUACCUCAUCUGCCUGCUGCCACUACGACAGGAGCCCUCCUUUGGGGGUUCCAGCAUGGGUUCAUCUCGAGCUGGCAGCAUGGACACGGACAGUAAAGACUCGGCCCCAGCCUGUGCUCAGAUAGAGACUGGAGAGGCUCUGAUCAGCUCAGGAGGGGAGGGGUCAGAUAAAGAUGGACAGGACUCAGAGCUAACAGCCCUGCCAUUGGCUGGGAUCAUAGGGGGUGCCACAGCAUUGGUAAGCCUGCUGUUAAUAUUUGGCAUCUUCUGCUGGUAUGGACAGAGAGCAGGUUACAUGUCCGGGGACUCAGGCUCAUACAGCAGGGGCCGGGGUGGAAAACAUUAUGAUGACUAUGUAGAGUCAGGCACCAAGAAAGACACUUCCAUCUUAGAGAUCAGGGCCCCUCCUGCAGGUUUUCAGAUGACAGCUAUGGCCCAUCAGCCCCUGCAGCCAAAGCUGGAGGAUGUCACCUACAUCCACACCAUUUUCCCCUCCUCCUCCUCUUCCUCCCAAGCUAACGGGACCUACCGGAGCAGCCACGGAGCUGGCAGCCUCAACGGCACCAUCCUCAGCCAAACCAGCCACCACCAUGUCACUUAUGGUACCAACCGUGGCUACAGAGAGGGUGGCAUCCCCGACAUAGAUUAUGCCUACACGUGAUGAUACAGGGACACACUCCCUGAGCCAUGAAAUGCCAGGCGCCAUUUCUAGGGAUGGCGACCCUUGGCUGGUGGCCAUUUUGUCCUUGGUUUCCAAAGUACCCUCUGUGCCUCUGCUGGUUCAAUUCUGAUUGGUUUGCUAAGUAGAAAAGACUGAUUUCAGCUAUGUUGAUUGGACAUUGCUAUUGAGUGACAGAAGUAACAGUCCUACUAUACUCUGCUACUGUAUUCUACAUUAUACAGUAAGCCCUUCUUUCAGCGCUACUUAUAGUUAUAAAUGGUUACGUUUUCUCUUUUGGAUAUCUCAGUGUCUUUCAAACCUACUGUUCUUCUCAGCUCAUAAUACACAGUAACUUAUUUGAGGUUGAUAUACUAGGCUUAGCUGAUUUAGCAGGAGAUAUAUUUAUAAUAUGAGGAAAAGGCACUUGAUGUGUAUAGAGAUAGCUCUUGUAUCUUCCUACCAACUGUAAGCUCUGUGCUGUAUAGAUAAAAGGGAUGACAGAGGGAGAAAUCAAUGGCUGUUAUAACCCACAGAUGACAAUGCAUCAUGGUUGACAUGAAAAGAUGUGUUCCUAGCCCCCUCCUUUCCUCUGGUUUACUCCCCUGCUUUUUAAUUUUUCCUCCUUUCCGCCUCUUUUUUUUUUUUUUUUUUUGGCUGAGGCUCUUUCCUUUUAUUUCUCUCAUGUCUUUUGUGGUGCCGUGAGCAGAGGACGACUUUGUUCUCGCCAAGGGAGCUGACAGCAGUGAUAACAGUUCUGACAGAGACGGGAGACACAAACCACAGCAUGGGGAGACUAAUGAGAGGGAGAGAGAGAGAGAGAGUGGGGGGUGAUGGAUAGAUGGAUGGAUGGAGUGGGAGAACAUAAAAGAAGACAAGGGGAGAAAGAGAGGGGCGCUGUUUCUGGGCAUAGAGACACUGAGAGAGGUGUGUUGGCUUAAGACAGAGAGCAGGGACAGAAAAGGAGAGAAAAAAUGAAGAUAAGUGAAAAAAGGGCGUGUGACAAAUUUAGUGGCAGGAGGCAAAAAAGCAGACAAAAGGAAAAGAAGAUGGGGGAUCGAGAGGAGUGCGGGUGGGGUAAAGAAAAGGGGUGACAACUGGAGUAAUGUAACAUCAUCAUCCAAAAAAUGGCUGAAGUUACCCACAGUGUAUCCACGAGUGCACUCAGCAAAUAACUGAGUGAUAACAGGCUGCACAUUUCCCUCAAGGACUGAUGUUUUCAAUUGCCUGUGAUCAUUACAAGUCAAAGACUCAUUAAAGAGUAUUUCUUUAGGUAACAUGAAUCUUCAUCAAAACAAAAACCUCUUCACACGCCACUUAACAUGAUUUCAGAGGACAAGAGGCAUGACGAGACAAUCAAAGAACAACAUAAAAAAAGUUAAAAGAUUACCAAAACCACAUGACAAAUGACUAGCUCGAGAAGAAUGGCUAUUAAAAACCUCCCACUCAGAUUUUAGGAAAGGUACUGCAUGUACCCAGUCUCUAUUGUGGUCUGGUCUCAUUAUUAAAUUACCAUUGUAAAUGAGAGAGAAGCCUAAUCAUAUACCUUAUAAUAGUAACCCAUUAUCUUCUAGAGGCUGGUUAAAAUGUUUUAAAUGAAAAUGGAAAUUUCAACUUUUUUAGCAGCUAAUAAUCUUUUGGUGGAAGUCAGAGCUUUUUUUUUUUGCUAAAAUUCAUCACAAUCAAUCUUUUCAAUAUUAUUAAAAAACCUGUGUUUACUUGUAUUUAAGGGAAAAAACACAAGAAGGUAUGUACAUUGUAUAUUUGAAUAGACAGGAAUGUGCGCAGUAAAUUAAACACCUGACAAAUUAUAGUACUUCAUCACAUGGAUGUAAAAAUCAUAUGAAACUCCAGUGCUACCAUAAAGUAGCUGUGCACGUUCAUUUGUAACACAAUGGCCUUAUAAAAUCAGAAAUAUUAAAGUGAGAGCUUCAACUGUAUAAACGGUACAGCCAAAUAUCUCAUAGCUGACAAAUUUGUAGAGCUGAACUGAUUAGUCGGUUAAAUGAACAGAGCAGAAAUUUAAUCUGCAAUAAUUUUAAUAAUUGAACAUCAUUUGUAAGCAAAAAUGCUAAAUAUUAGCUUCUAAUUUGGACUAAUUGCUGCUUUUCUUAAUCUAAUGUCAUAGGAAACAGAAUUUUUCUUUGACUGUUAGGAUGAAAAAAAAAACAAUUCAAGGACAUUACCCAGAGCAGGAAAUUCAGAUAUUUAAAUUGUGAAAUUUUUAUAAACCAAAUGAUUCAAUUCAAUAAAUUAAAAAACAGUGGCAAGUUAAUCAAUAAUUAAAAUAAUUAGCUGUAGGCUCACAUAAUUGGACUGUCUCAUGGUAUCCCAUCAUAAAAGAGGGUAUUUGACAUUUCUAUGUUGAAGUCAAACUAAAAUCUAAAAUGAAAUUUCAGACUUGAUCUGAUGCAUUCUGGGAGAUAAAGUCAAUUAGCUGACUCUGGUCGCCCAGUUUUAUAUGACCCUAGCACAGCAGAGACACAGUUCUGUUAACAGGGAUCACAGCCUGACCGCUACACUGUGCUGCUCAACACAAACACACAAACCAACAACACAGCACCUGCUUUCUGACUGCCUCUCACUGACCCCACUAAUAUACUUUAAGGGGAGAAGAACUUCAAAAGGGGAAAAAACUAACAAACAGCCAGAGAUUAAAAGAGGAAGAGGCGAGGGAAGACAGAGGAAAAAUAAAGAGUGAGGCUGCAGAGGGGAGAAGGGGGAGGCGUGAUUUAGAUAGAGCCUGUAAGUGUUGAAACCCAUUCUUACUUUGAGUAGCUCUCUUUCUCUUUUCCAGCCUGUGUUACUGUGCACCAGUAAUGUUGGAAGAGCUCCAGUGUGAGUUUUUAGUUUUUUAUGUCUGCAUUUGUUUUUGGUUUUCUUUUUUAAAGAGCACUGAAGCUUUCAUUCUGUGUAGAAAUCCUUUUCCUUUAAAAACGUCACCCUCAGAUGUGAUAAUGAAAACACUCUUAUGUAUAAACAUAAAAAUGGGUGCAGAACGCUAUUCCAUUUAUUGGUCUGUCGUCUUUUUUUCUACGCAGAUGAAUAAAGACUUCGAAAAGGAAAAGCAGUUUUGUGACUUCUGUUUGUGUGUGUGUGUGUGUGUGUGUGUGUGUGUGUGUGUGUGUGUGUGUGUCUGUGUGGGGGUUCAUUAAAUCAGAAACAAAAGGCUGGAGAUAUCAAAUGCACUGGGAUGUCUUAAAAAUAAUAAAAAUCAAUGGGAAGCUCAGAUUAUUAAUAUGAUUUAUGACGAGACGGAGCGGACCUCGUUAAAUCACACACACUGGAUGAAUACAUCAGCUGCCACACGCUUCGAUUCAGUUUGGAAGAAAUCUGCCAGCCGAGAGCAGACGCGUGUAUUUUCAUCCCUGAGAAGUUUUGCAUGUUCGUUAGUGUGUGGUUUGUUGGGUGCAUUUCGUAUGGACGUGUUUAUUCUCCGCGCUUCUGUGUUUGGGUGAAGACAUGCCUCUCAUUCUAAGUGAGUGCUAAUGCUUGUGUAAGCAUGGAUCAAUAUAACGAACUGGGGGAGUGUAUAAGUGUCCAUCUUGGAGUAACUGCCUGUGAUGGGUGUUUGUGAAGGAAGGAGAAAUAUACUGUAUGUAGAUAAAAGUGGUUUGUU